AUGGGGAAAAUUCAGUUGGGAGCUUCUUCUAAUUCUGCUGGUGGGAAGAAACAAGCUGAAGGUUACGCCAGAAGGAAAAAAGGAAAUGCGGAUGCCAUAUAUGGAAGAAGGGGUUCAGGGAGAAGCAAUUCACAGGUUAAUGCUGUCAUGAUCCCAGUACCACAACAACCACAACAGCAGGGACAGCGUUCCAGUAAUGAUCGCUAUCCUCCCAGGACUAGACCUCACCGAAAGAUUGAUCUGAUUCCUAUGACUUAUGCUCAAGUGCUGCAACAUUUGCUCAAGAUUGAGAAGAUUACUUUGAGAGAUGCUCCGAAUGCUCCGGACACGCAAUCUCCGAAUUACAAUGCAAACGCACGAUGUGCUUUCCAUUCAGGUGCUGCUGGGCAUGAUACCGAGAGGUGUAUUGCGUUGAAGAAUAAGGUCCAGGACUUGUUGGAUCAAAAGAUUAUUCAAUUCACUCCUACACCAAAUAUUGUCAAUAAUCCGAUGCCUACUCACGGAGGUUCGGGUGUGAAUGCCAUUGAGAGUGAAGAGAUAAGGGUUGUAUCUGAUGUGAGCUGUUUGAUUUUUCCUCUUGUAUCUGUGAAGCAACAUCUGAUUAAUAGCGGUAUCUUCCCGGGCUGUGAAGUUGAUUGUGAGAAUUGCAAAAGUCAACCGGAAGGUUGUGCUGAUUUGAAAAGUAUGGUACAAAAGUUGAUUGAUGAGGGUCCUCUUCAGUUCUAUCGAAGGUUGAGAGGUGCGAAGAGUAAGGAUGGUGAAGUGUCCGUGAUCUCAAUUCCUUAUGAUCCAGUUGUUCCAAUAUGUAUCCAAGUGCCUAUUCAGAUACCUGUCAGUAUCCCGUAUGAGGAACAACCAGCGGCGUUGAUGAUUACUGUGCCAGGGCCUAUUCCAUAUGAGAGUGAGAAGGCCAUCCCUUGGCAUUAUGGUUCAGACGUAUAUUACUAUGGCACGAAGGAAGAAGGCGAGCCAUCUAAAGAGAAGCUUGUUGAGGCCUCAGUUGCAAACACUGAUUACUUCGCUGGUACUGGUAGGAUCACUCGCAGUGGUAGGGUGUUCUCUCCUCAGCUUAUUCAAAACAAUGCAGAUGCUUUGGCUAAGGCCAAAGGAAAACAAGUAGUGACUGAUGUCCAGAAUUCUCCGACCCAUAAGGGGGCACCUGAUAGCUCACUUGGAGAGCAAUUAAAGCUUCACUGGAGAAAACUUCGAAAGAAAACUUUGUGGGGAAAUAUCACUGGGGAAACUCAAGAAGAUGUUUCGUUGACACAAGAGUUCACUAAGGGAAUAUCAAUCACCUUGUUGGGGAAGAAACUUGAUUUGAGAAUCGACUCCAAUACUGAUUGA